AUGGCCUGCUGCACCACCAGCUUCUGUGGAUUUCCCAGCUGCUCCUGUGGGCCCUGUGGCCCCAGCUGCUGCCAGCCAACCUGCUGCCAGACCGGCUGCUGUGGGACGGGGUGCGGCGCUGGCUGCGGCCUGGGCUGCGGCCUGGGCUGCGGCCUGGGCUGCGGCCAGGGCUGCGGCCAGGGCAGUUGCUGUGGAGCCAUGAGCUGCCGCACCAGGUGGUGCCGCCCUGACUGCCGCCUGGAGGGCACCUGCCUGCCUCCCUGCUGCGUGGUGAGCUGCACGCCCCCCACCUGCUGCCAGCUGCACCACGCCCAGGCCUCCUGCUGCCGCCCCUCCUACUGCGGACAGUCCAGCUGCCGCCCCGCCUGCUGCUGUUACUGCUGCCAGCCCUCCUGCUGCCAGCCCAUCUGUUAA